AGAAAAAAAAAAUGGAAAAAUUCUUCCGCCAUUAGAAGCAGACGCGAAUGCUCGUUUCCCGCCGUGACAGUAAUCCACUCUCAACUCAACGGUUCCAGAGACACGAUCGAUCGAUCGAUCAAUCGAUUCAACCAAAACUCCAUGAAAGUAACCUCUCAUCAAUUGUUCACUUUUUUCAAAUCCCCAUCUUAAUUCAACACCCCUACUCGGAACCCUAUCUAUUUCUCACCUAGGGUUUUACAUCCCCAAACCAUGCCGUCCGUCCCAUCUCCAGGUAAAAUCAUUCGUCUCGAGCUCGAGAACUUCAAGUCUUACCAAGGACACCAGAUAAUCGGUCCAUUCUUCAACUUCACUGCUAUAAUCGGCCCUAAUGGCUCCGGCAAAUCCAACCUCAUGGACGCCAUUAGCUUCGUCCUCGGCGUCCGUACUGGUCAGCUUAGAGGUUCUCAGUUGAAGGACUUCAUUUAUGCUCUUGAUGACCGAGAUAAGGAGCAAAAAGGAAGGAAGGCGUUUGUUAAGCUGGUUUACUUGCUCGGUAGCGGAACAGAGAUUCAGUUUACCAGAACUAUUACUCCGGCCGGUGGAAGUGAGUAUAGGAUUGAUGGGAGGGUUGUUAAUUGGGAUGAUUAUAAUGGAAAGUUGAAGUCGCUUGGCAUUCUUGUUAAGGCACGCAAUUUUCUGGUCUUUCAGGGUGAUGUGGAAUCAAUUGCAUCAAAAAACCCCAAAGAACUUGCUGCACUAAUUGAGCAAAUAUCUGGGUCUGAGGAUCUCAAAGACGAGUAUGAGAAACUAGAAGAGCAAAAGGCCAGAGCCGAGGAGAAAGCGGCACUUGCUUAUCAGAAAAAAAGGACAGUAGUGUCUGAGAGGAAGCAAAAGAAAGAACAGAAAGAAGAAGCUGAGAAACAUCUUCAGUUUCAAACUCAACUGAAAUCUGUGAAGAAAGAACACUUCCUUUGGCAAUUGUGGAAUUUUGAAAAGGAUAUUGAGAAGGCCAAUGAGGACCUUGAAGAUGAUAAAAAAAGUCGAGAAGAACUUGUUCAGGAAUCUUCAGGUUAUGAACAUGAAGUGGCCAUAAAGAAGAAAGAACAAGCUAAAUAUUUGAAGGAGAUUGCACUAUGUGAAAAGAGAAUCUCAGACAAAAACAAUAGAGUUGACAGGAAUCAACCUGAGCUUCUGAAACUAAAGGAGGAAUCUUCUCGCAUUGCCCACAAGAUCAAAAGUGCUGAGAAGGAUCUUAAGAAAAAAAAAACAGAAAGAAGGAACCAUGCAGAAGAAAUAAAAAAGCUGCAUAAUGACUUACGGGACCUCACUAAACAACUGGAAGAUCUACAUGAGAAGAGUAAAGAAGCUGACCAGAAGCUCCAGUUAGUUGGUGAUCAAUUAGCGAUAUAUAACAAUAUAAAGGAAGAGGCUGGGAUGAAGACUGCAAAGUUAAGAGAUGAGAAAGAGGUCCUGGACAGGCAACAACAUUCAGAUAUUGAAGUUCAGAAGAAUUUGGAAGAGAAUGUGCAACAGUUGGAGAAUAGGAGGCAGGAAUUGGAAAUGCAGGAGAAACAAAUGCGAGCAAGGAUGGAGAAGAUUCUUGAUUCAGUUGUGAAACACAAGGAAGAACUUACACGGGUGCGAAAGGAACAACGUGAGAUGAGUGAAAAACUUGGAACUUCCAGGAGGAAACAUGAAAUGCUGAAAGCUAAAAUUAAUGAAGUUGACAACCAGCUUCGUGAAUUGAAGGCUGAUAGAUAUGAGAACGAGAGGGAUGUCAGGUUGUCUGAGGCUGUUGAAACUUUGAAGAGCCUGUUUCCCAGUGUCCAUGGUCGCAUGACUGAUCUUUGUAGGCCAACACAGAAAAAGUAUAACCUUGCUGUUACAGUUGCAAUGGGUAAAUUUAUGGAUGCUAUUGUUGUUGCAGAUGAACAUACAGCUAAGGAAUGCAUCAAGUAUUUAAAGGAGCGGAGGCUUUCUCCUUUGACAUUCAUACCUCUUCAGUCAGUUCGUGUGAAGCAAAUCACUGAGAAGCUGCGAGCCUUACGGGGGACUGCUAAGUUGGUCUUUGAUGUAAUACAAUUUGACCCAACUUUGGAGAAAGCUGUUCUAUUUGCUGUUGGUAAUACCCUAGUUUGCGAUGAUCUUGAAGAAGCCAAGACUCUGAGCUGGAGUGGGGAGCGGUUUAAAGUUGUGACAGUUGAUGGUACUCUUCUCACGAAAGCUGGUACGAUGACUGGUGGUACUAGUGGUGGCAUGGAAGCAAGGUCACAUAAAUGGGAUGAUAAAAAAGUUGAAGCUCUGAAGAAGAAAAAAGAGGGAUUUGAGUCAGAACUGGAAGAACUGGGGUCAAUUAGGGAGAUGCAACUUAAAGAAUCGGAAGCAUCUGGUAAAAUCAGCGGACUUGAAAAGAAAAUCCAAUAUGCAGAAAUUGAGAAGAAAAGUAUUGAGGAUAAGUUAUCAAAUUUGAAGCGUGAAAAGGCAAAUAUCAAAGAAGAAAUUAACCGCAUUAGGCCCGACCAUGAGAAGUUCAACAACAUUGUUAGUGAAAGGGCUUCAAGGAUUUCAUUGUUAGAGAGGAGAAUAAAUGAAAUCGUUGAUUGUACCUACAAGAAAUUUAGUGAGUCUGUUGGUGUGAAAAAUAUUCGCGAGUACGAAGAAAACCAGCUAAAGGCUGCUCAACAGUUGGUAGACCAAAGGCUAAGCCUAAGUAGUCAGCAAUCGAAGCUAAAAUACCAGUUGGAGUAUGAACAAAAUCGUGAUGUGGAUGCUCCUAUAGCAAAGCUGGAGUCUACUCUUGCUACUUUAAGAAAUGCUCUAGAGGAGGUUAAGACUAAGGACUCUGCUCUUAGGUUAUCAAUGGAAAAUGCAACUGGUGAUAUUGACGAUUUGAAGGUGGAGGUUCAAGAGUGGAGGUCUAAGUCAGAGGGUUGCGAGAAGGAAAUACAAGAGUGGAAGAAAAAAAUUUCCAAUGCCACAACUAAUAUAAGUAAACUUAAUCGCCAGAUUAAAUCAAAGGAAGCGCAGAUAGAACAGCUUACUCUGUCCAGGCAGGAUACUUUGGAGAAAUGUGAAUUAGAACAUAUAGACAUUCCGACUAUAUCGGAUCCAAUGGAUGUGUCAUCACCAGUUCCAGCACCAGUAAUCGACUUUAGUGAAUUAAGUAGAUCACAUUUGCAUGAUAAGAAACCUGCUCAGCGAGAGAAACUGGAGGCAGAAUUUAACCAGAAAAUCAGUGCCUUAAUUUCUGAAAUUGAAAGAACAGCCCCAAAUCUGAAGGCCCUGGAUCAGUACGAGGCUUUGCUGGAGAAGGAAAAAGGUGUAAAUGAAGAGUUUGAGAUUGCCAGGAAAGAAGAGAAGGAAUGUGCUGAUAAAUUCAAUUUAAUUAAGCAGAGGAGGUGUGGACUGUUUAUGGAGGCAUUCAAUCACAUAUCAGGAAAUAUUGACAAAAUCUACAAGCAACUUACAAAGAGCGACACUCAUCAGCUUGGAGGAACAGCAUAUUUGAACCUGGACAAUGAAGAUGAACCGUUUUUACACGGCAUCAAAUAUACUGCUAUGCCCCCAACAAAGCGUUUUCGUGAUAUGGAGCAACUUUCUGGUGGUGAGAAGACUGUUGCUGCUCUUGCAUUGCUUUUCUCCAUCCACAGUUAUAGGCCAUCUCCAUUCUUUAUAUUGGAUGAAGUGGAUGCUGCGUUAGACAACUUGAACGUGGCUAAAGUUGCUGGAUUCAUCCGAUCAAAAUCGUGUGAAGGAGUUCAUAAUAAUGAGGAUGUCCCGUCUGGAAGUGGAUUCCAAAGCAUAGUGAUUUCUCUCAAGGAUAUAUUUUAUGACAAGGCUGAUGCUCUGGUUGGAGUUUAUAGAGAUUCCGGAAGAGGUUGCUCGGGGACGUUGACUUUUGACUUGACCAAGUAUCGGGAGUCAUAAACGCGAGAAAGGAAAGGUAAGGUUUAAUUUGUAAAAAGAAGUUGCACCAGUAGGUUUGGAUUAUUAGGAGGAAUUACUUAAAUAUGUAAUGAUAGAGAUAAGAAACAUUCUAUUAUUAAUGUUUUAUGUAUUUGUGAGAUACAUCAACUAUUCUCGUUCUCCAUUUGGUAUCUUUUAUUAAUCUCUUUUGCCACUU